GAGAAAGUGAUGUCGAUACAAAUAGCUGCUUCUGAUGUGAUCAAGCUGAUACUUCAGUUUUUGAAAGAAAAUGGUUUGACAGAAUCUUUUCAAGUACUUCAAAACGAAACAGGUGUCACAUAUAACGCGCCAAAAGUACCUACCAGUCAACUUGUGUCUGCUUUGCUUGAAGGAAACUGGAAAGAGCUGUUACUUUAUUUAUCAGGACUUGAGCUAUCACCAUCCUUUUUGAUGGAUUUGUUUGAACAUAUUACUUUGGAGUUGGCUCUGGAUGGAGAUUAUCAUUCUGCCAAAUUGAUGAUAGAAAAGUCCUUUCCUUUGGAAAAUUUAUUGAGGAAUAAUGAACCUGAUAGAUAUGUAAGACUGGAACGAACGAUACUUUUGUUGGAGAGUGGUGCACGGGAAGUGGAUUCUUUUCCUUUGAAUACUUUGGAACGACGUCAACAGUUGAGUCGACGCUUGUUGGAAGAACAAGUACCUCCUAUACCUUCAGGACAAUUGCUUGGAUUGAUUGGUCAAGCCAUGAAAUACCAAUAUACUCAAGGUUUGAUAUCUCCUGGAAUAGAGUUUGAUUUGUUUCGAGGUCAACCGCAUACAAGUUGUAUGAAAAGAAGAGAUGAGCGGGAACUUUGUCAGUUUGAUUGUAUUCAAAGGAUACAAACAGAUUCGGGUACGAAUAUUCCAUGCGGUAUGUUUUCAAAGGAUGGUCAGUCAUUUGUUACUGGAAGUUUGGAUGGGUUUAUUGAAGUUUGGGACUUUCUUUCGGGAAAGUUGCGUUUGGACUUGAGUUAUCAAGUAACUGAGGAGUUUAUGAUGCAUGAAACGAGUAUUUGUUGUUUAGAAUUUUCUGAGAAUAGUCAACUUUUGGCUUCAGGUAGCAUAGAUGGACAAGUGAUUGUGUGGAAUUUUCAACAAGGGAAGAUUAUUCGUCGUUUUGUAUUGCCUUGUCAACCUUGUUGUUUAUGUUUCAAAGAAAAUGAGUUAUGGGUUGGCUGUUCCGAUGGCGUGAUCCGUCUAUUGGGUUUGAAGAGUGGUCGAAUAUUGAAAGAAUAUGUGGGUCAUACGUCGUUUGUCAAUCAUAUUUUAUAUUGGGAUAACAAUGAUAACAAAGAGGAGUUGAUGAUGAGUGCAAGUAGUGAUGGAACUAUUCGAAUGUGGAAAAGAGAGGAUGGAGAUAACAAAGUUAUUAUGAAUGGAAGCCGUGGUGGUUGGAAUCCUUCUUGGAGUAUUCAAAUGGUGGUACCUUGUCAACAAGACUCUUAUGGUUUGAUUGUUCCUUGUGCAAGUAACAGAAUAGCUAUUUGGAAUAGAAAGGAGGAGAAAGUUUGUACCAUUUCACCAGUAAGUAGUAUAUUACUUCCAUGAAAUAUGGGAAUGGAAAACGAAUGGAUUCAUAUAUAGGAAUGGGAUAGUUGUGUUGU